GGUCACGUAUACAUUAUUUCAUUACUAUAUCGUUUUAGAUAUAUACAGCAUGUCCUUCAACAUUUUGUGCGCCGUUUGAAAAUGCUAACCUGGCUAAAAGGCUCAUCUGGGUUUGGCUCAGAAGUAAUUUAGUUCAACUGUACCAAUGCACUCUAUUUUGCCAAGAUAUACCAUAUUCCCUGGAUCUACACACCUGUGCGGACUGUCCUUGCAAUCUGGCACCAGCUGACUAAGACCGAGAUCCCAGAGCUGGCCAAGUGCUCGGUGCUGAUGAGGGAACGCAGCAGAGUGGAGGAGACCAUCCAUGCCAUGCACGGUGCAGGUGCAGGCAGCCUGCAGGUAAUCUCAGACUUUGAUAUGACACUGACCAGAUUCGCCCACAAUGGCAAGAGAGUACCCACCACGCACAACAUCCUCGAUAACCGGUUGUUGAUCAAUGAAGAUUGCACUAAAAAGAUGAGGGAGCUGUUGAACACCUACUAUCCCAUAGAAAUUGACCCGAGCAGGACUGCUGAAGAAAAGCUGCCUUUCAUGGUGGAGUGGUGGACUAAAGUCCACGAGCUGCUGAUUCAGCAGAGGAUCAGGAAGGACAUGCUGGCCCAGGCUGUCAAGGAAUCCAGGGCUAUGCUCAGGGACGGCUACAAAGUGUUUUUUGACCGUCUGGAGGAGCACCAGGUCCCUCUGUUGAUCUUCUCAGCUGGUGUUGGAGACGUCCUGGAGGAGGUGAUUCAACAGAACCACGUCUUCCAUCCCAAUGUCCGCAUCAUCUCCAACUACAUGGACUUCGACAGGACUGGGGUCCUGCGAGCCUUCAAAGGCGAACUGAUCCACACCUUCAACAAGAGGGAAGGGGCUCUGUCCCGUGCAGCUGGCCUCAGAGAGCUGCAGGGUCGACCCAACGUGCUGCUGCUGGGAGACUCGUUGGGAGACCUGACCAUGGCUGACGGGGUGUCUGAGCACCAGAACAUCCUCACCAUCGGCUUCCUCAACGACCAGGUGGAGGAGAGAAAAGAGUUGUACGUCAACUCCUUCGAUAUCGUUCUGGUGAAGGACGAGACGAUGGACGUUCCCAACGCCAUCCUCAGGUACAUUACCUCAUCGAGAGACAACAAGUAAGACACACAAGAAGAACCGGACACUUUAUGACAACAUACGCACAGAUGGACUUGUUCACUCCAUUCACCAUGGUGCAUGCUAGACAAUCAUCACUUACCUCAGACCAGACCUUGAAACUGGACUUUUUCGCAGCUGCGUCUGCUGGAGUGGUUAAUAGAGCAGAUCACUCUUACUCUGAAGUCUUUUUAUUUUUACACUCUCAGUGUUUUGACCUGUACUUACUGUAUGUCCAAGCCAUCCUACCAAAAUCCAAAGGUUUAAAAGAUCUAAACUAGGUCAUGCAUUUGAACCUUAAUUUUGAAGAAUGUGGUUUAUUUCAGCCUCAUUACAGACUAUUAGAGGAGUAAAACUGUCUCCUGAAAUCCCCAGGAUGUCUUGAUAGAAACUGUGCACAACAAUAGCAAUAUACCACCGUAACCGAACUCAGUGAAGGCAAGAAUUUAUGUUGUCUUGUUUCAAGUACAGCAACUCAGCAACCUCUUAAAUGUCAGCGUAAACAUUGGCAGAGUGUUUCUAAUUUUCUGUCCUCUUUUCACUCCUUUUUAGGUCAGAAAAAUUUCUCAUUUAUACAUACUAAAUAUUACUUAGCAGUACGAGGACAGACUUUUACAUGAAGCCGUGUGAUUUCUAAAUGUUUCUUGAUCUUUCAUGUAUUCUACUUCAUACUGUUGCGGUGUGUUGUGUGUGUACUGUAUAUGAAUACUGUGUACGCUGCAAGAACUUGUUGCUCAUGUCUACACAUACUGUACACAUGAAUCCUCAGUUAACUUGCAGGGUGCAGCGAACUUGACAGUGAUGCUAUUAGUCUUUAAGAUAUUCUAGCUGCUAAUAAGUAAGUUAUUCUAACCAUUUUUUUUUUUUACCUGUGACAUUGAAGACAAACACAUUCAUGCCAGUGAUCCCAAGAAGGGAACACAUACUCUGGGAUGAUCGUGUUCCCAAUGAGUGUUUUGUCUUUCAGCUGAAACACUGUGGCUGCUGUAAAUUAGGACUUAACAAUGAGCGAGUUGCACUUAAUAUAGGUGUUGUCAAUAUAGAUGAAUAUGGACCAACUUGUAGUGAGCUAACUAACGCGCAAGGUAUAGUUCACAUUUUUAAAAUGUGAUAAAUGUAUCACAUGUUGGCGUUUAGUCGCAGUAAAAUGCAGGAAAAUAAUGAUGAUGAAUUCCUUGACUAUUUUGAAAAAACAUGUUUUAGAAGUCACAAGUGACUCAUUAAAAUGUGAACUAUCCAUUGAAUCAACAUUUUCAUCACUGUAUCCUACUAAUGUCUGACAGCAAGGUCGUCAUUAGAUCGAUGGCGGUCAUUCAUGUUGUCGCUUUUAAAUUCUUUUUACUAGUGAUGCAUCAAUCGCUAAAAGCCAGUAUCCAAUAGUUUCUCACCAAUUUCAACUAAAACCAGUGUAUUUCUUAGUCUUAGUAGACAUGUAGGUGUAAAAUAUGUUGAACUGUACUUUUACUAAUUUGACCCUAAUGACACACUGUUAGGACACGAUCAUUUAAAAUCCUUCUGCUGAAAAGUCAUUGAUCCCCAAUGAUGCGAUUCUCCAGCUGAUUCUCUUCUUUUGCAAAGAAAUCGUGUUUUAGACUUUUAGAGUAACUUAUUAGUCAUCAUUAUUGCUUCAGGAGAAGCAAAGAUAUUUUCUUUGUUCCACGUACUCUUCCUCCAAUAGUACCCACAAUGCAACUUGCCCCCUGACAAGGAGACAAGAUCCAUAAACAGACUUUGAUGUGUCAGAUUGGCGCACUUUCCCUUUAGUUGUGACAUUGAGAAAUGCAACUCUUGAACCAAAAAGUGCAGCUUUAAAAACAACAUUUUUUACAGUGUAUGUAUUUUUUGAAUCUCUCUUUUUGUCAUAAAUACAGGUGCAGUUUUGUCAGACAUUGAUUUCUUAAGCUUGGUACAAGUCCUAGAAAAAAAUGAAACAACUGUCAUUUUCUUACAAAUAUUUUAAUCAAUGUGACUUUCAGGGACAAAUAAAGGUGCUUGUUUGGUUUUCUGAAAUACAAAAAUCAAAAACAAACAUACAACACAAAACUCCACAAAAAGACCCUUUGCACUUGUUUUCCUGUCACUUAAAAAGACUGUCCAAUGUGGUACAGAAAGUAUUAAACCAUGAUGCUGCGUGGGAAAAGUCUCUCAUUGCUUGUUUUUUAAGGUGUUGGGGUUUUUCCCUGAGAGAGAAUGAAAGGGUUUGUCCUGUUCACAGCUCCUCGUGCCUCACGUCUUCCCUUUCCUUGUCCUCCUCUACCUUCAGUUUGAGUUCUUCGGCGGUGAUCACGCCGUCCUUGUUUCGAUCCUGGUUGUUGAACAUGUCUGCAAUAACCUGCUCCAUGACGAGUCCGGGCUUUAUACGACCUUUGCCUUCUGCCACCUGCAGCUUGAUGAACUCCCCGAACUAAAAUGAGAUAAAAGGGUGUCACUGAUUGUUGGAGAGCCCUGGUGGACUUUUCCAGAGAUGGUCUGAGAUAUUGGCAUUAAGGAAAACACCACAACCCGCCCACUUUUCACCUGUAGUGUCCAGCUUAACUGGUCAACAUGUGGUGAAGGUCAGUGACAGCCUGAUAUUUUACAUGAGCAUUGUUUAAAGUCACCAUGAAUUGCAGCUUUAAUGACCGUCAUGAGUGUGAAGGACACUUGCCUCCUCUUCUUCUUACUGAUGCAUUUUCACGUUACUCAGUCCGACCUUGUAA